UAUCGAAAAAAAAUGAAUCGAACCAAUGAAGAUGAUGAAAAGAAAAAGAAAAUGAAUCGUUCAAAACCUGUUGAUCGUUAUAAUGGUGGUGGGCUAUAUAAUUUUCGCCUGAACAUUUGUGGUUCACCAAAAAUUACAAAAUUACGUUUUCAAUAUAUUAUCAAACCAUUUAGAUUAUUAUUUGAACAAUUUCCACAAAAUAUACGUGAAUUGAAAGCAAUGAUUGAUGAUCACCAUAGUAGAUGUGGUGAUUAUUACCACACCAACAACAACUGUCAUCAAUCUGAAACAAAUUUGGAAAACGAUCAUCAUUCUACGAUCACUAUGAUGACCAUAUCGAAGGCAACAAAAAUGUCAAAAAUGUUUUUGCUUAAUCAAAAUUCUAAACAACAACCUAAAGCAAAUGAUGGCCACAUGUUAAAUGAUUGUAAUGUUGAUGAUGAAAAAAAUCUCAAACAACAACAACAACAAUAUUGUAAUUAUAAUUAUCAUCAUUUGCCAUUAUUUCUCACAUACAAUGGUUAUAUUGAUUCUGAUAAAGAUUUAAUGGCCAUACUUGAAUCAUUACAAAAAUAUGAAGAUUUCUACCUAGAUUGGUCCGAUUCAUUCAUACGAUCCAUACAAUUAUGUCGACCAUCAAUGUUUACCGUUAAUAAUAAAAUUUCCAAUGCACCACAACAUUCACAACAAAUGAUUGACAUUGAAACAAAAGAUUAUUGCCGAGAUAUGGUUGAAGAAUUUGCCCAUUCUAUUCAAGCAUUUUCAAAUUUUCAAUCCUCUCUACACAAUAGAUUUCAUAUGAUUGUUAAAAUGCAACGUAAUCCACAUCUAAUUGAUUAUCAAACACAUUUUUCCAUUGGUAUGAGACAAAUUUUCUAUGAUUUAUACGCUAAACAACGUCAACUUUAUUAUUAUUAUCAAUUAACAUAUGAUUUGAUUGCAAAAAAUUGUCAAAAAUUUAUAACAUAUUGAAAAACUUUGCCGGAAAAAUGAAAAAAAUCAAAUCACGUUUUAAUCGUCAUCAAUUCGUAUUUUCGCCAAUUCUUGUCACAUUUAUAUUGCUCAAGUGAAAUGAAAUUUUUUUUUUACGCUCAUCACAUCACAGAAAGCUUUGUUUUUUUAAGUUUAAAAUUUGAACAUGAAUUUUUUUCGACAUAUAUAAAAAGGAUUUUCAAUGUUUAUUCUGUUUUCAUUGUGCUCGUGAUUGAUUUUAUCCAUCAAUGUUAUCAACAUCAGCAUCAUAUUCAUUGAAAAUGAUUUCCAUAUCAUAUCUAUCGUUGUUUCUUCUGUUCACUACUUCAUCAUUGAUUCAAUGUCGUUCAAUAUUGUCCGCACAACAGGAACAAAUUUUACCGCAAAUAUUUCCACCAGAAAGGAUUAAUGUUUCACGAAUAGCCAAAAUGGCUAAUCAUACAUUGAUGGAAUUGUUUACACACGCCAAUGCUAUUGUUAAUUCAACCGGUGCUGAUAGUGUUUUAUUGGAAAUUGAUGAUCAUGCAAACAAGAAUAAUAAUAACAGUAUUAAAGUAUUGGCCGUUGCUAAAUCAGAUAUUCCGAAACAAGAAGAUUUAAUGAAAAAAUUUAAUCUUUAUUUUGUAAAUUUAACUGAAAGUCCACUUUCAUUUAUCAAUAAUAAUCAUCAUACAAAAACAUCUAAACCUAUUUCAUAUAAUCGUCGAACUUAUUGGCAGAUAUUUGUCGAUUUUCUACGUAAUCAAGCUAAUGCUGUACUUGGUGCUAUGAUGAUACCGGUUAAUGUUGGUAUGAAUGCUGCAAUAAAAGCUGCUGAAACACAUGCUGAAUAUGUUUUGUCUGAAUCACCAUUAGGUUCAGUAAUAUCAGCACCGGUUAUACUGAAAGCAAUUUCUAUACCGAACAAAAUAUCACAACAUAUUGUCGAUAUAGCAUCAAAUCAAAUGAAUAAUCUUGAAACAUUUAAUGAGCAAACAAAAUUAAUGGCUGAUAAUGGCAUAAAAACUCUUGCCAAUGGCCUGAAUAAUGGUACAAAAAUUGUAUCGAAUGUUACCUCACAUUAUGUUAUCCGUCCUAUUGGUGCAUUUACUGGAUUCAAUUUAAAUCGUACUGGUCAUCUUAUCAAUAAUAUUGGAAAAUCAAUUGCCAAUACUGGACUUAAUAUUCAUUUAUCUGGUGAACAUGUUGGUUCGAAUGCCGAAAAAUUGGUUAGUGCUGGUGCCACAGCUAUUGCUUGGGGCUUGGAUAAUACUGUUAAAUUUUGACCAUCACUCACGUCUUAAGAGUUCAUCAGAUGAAAAAAAUGACCAAAAUUAAGAAUCAAUCAGCCAUAUUAUCAGACUUA